UGAACAGAGUAAAUACUCCAAAAUUUAUAUGUUGAAGUACUAAAAAAUCAACGAAAAAUAUUGUGUAAUACUGUAUGCAGGAUGCGUAGACAGAUGAUUGAGAAAGAUCCAUUAUUGGAAUACUCGCAGAGCUCGGCUGAGUGGCUGGCGCUCUCGCCUUAUGAUGUCAUACGCAGACAGAACUGUAAGCUGCACAGAUAUGUGCAGCAUGAAGUUUAUCCCAGCAUCAGACCACCAGUGUCCAAAUGUAAUCCAGCACAGACUAUGCAAAGCUUAGUCGACGCAGUGCGCCAUGAUGGCUGCAAGGCGAACUUUAAUGGCGAGCAGCAUGAUUUAAUAGCGGCCUGGAAGCAAAGCCCGUAUAAGGAAACGUUGGGUUACUAUGGUAUAGGUCCUGAAUUUAGACGACCAGAAGCAGCUUCAUUUAAUCAAGUGAUCGCUAGUUGUCUAAAGAAAAGCGGUGCGCUUGCUGUGCAUACAACAAAAAAGUCCAAGAUAUCUUCCACUGUUAACAAACAGUCAGAGAAGAAACAAAAUGUCAAUCCCUAUUUUAGUUACGUUUUAAAUCGCGAAUCGCUGCGCAGCAAAGUCAACAAAAUGCCAGCAGUGCAAAGUAAUUUAAAAGCAGACCACGCAUUUAGUUGGCUACAUUGUCCUCGCAAAGCCGAGACCAAGAAAUCCUUGUGUAAAGAGCGCACCCAUGUAACUUUAAAAACUGCACUGGACGUGGAGCCAAGGGCUGACAGCCCUAAGCAUGCUCUAAAAAGCAAAUACAACUAUUGUGAAGACCAAUGUGGCCUGCCUGAGAAUAAAUGCACUGAGCUGGAGUGGCAAAGCUACAAACAGGAUCCUCAGGCCUCUAAAGAGCCUCUGGAAGUGACGGCAACCCAGGAAUCGGAGCCAUGUGACUAUGAUGAGUUAUAUGCGGAGCUACUUAGUUGCUUUGAUGCCAAACCAAAUAAAUGCGCAGAGUUUUAUGCUAAGUGCUGUGGCAAAAAGUCUAAGAGCGAUAAAGAUGGAGCCGGAGGAGAUGGAGCCGGCGGGGAUGGUGGUGCCGGUGAAGGUGAUUCGGACGACGACGACGACGGACGUGACAGUGGCAACCGCAUACCCAGACCACCAGACAAGCCUUCUAAAUUAGAUCAUGACGGACACGGUGAUCGUAAAAACAAGCUUGAUGACGAUAAAGACAAAAAGCACAAGAAAAUAAAAGACAAAGAUGGAGAUGAUGAUGAUGAUGAUGAUGAUGAUGAUAAAGGCGAUGGGAAACGCGAUAAAAAUCAGGAUGUUGAUACAGGCAAAAAGAAUAAGAAAAACGAUGAUCGAAAAACGCCUUUUAAGAUUCCUAAAGAGGAUGAUCUUGUAACGCAGCCUCCGUUGUCAAUUGACCCCAGCUCAGGGGAUGGGGAUGAGAAAAUUGAUUCUUUUCCACCUAUAGAUCCUCCUCCUGAAGAAAGUACACCUAAGGUGGAUGAAAAUAAACAGAAAAGAAAGAAAAAUGAGCCACGCAAAAAGAAAAUCAAACGCCGCAAUGUUAAGGAUAAAACGAAAGAUUGCCCAUGUCCAGUCUGCGAAUGCAAGCAGCCCGAGCCAGAUUCCCCAUGCAUGAGUGAAAUGAAGAAACAGCAAAAGCGACGAGAGCUCCAAGAGCGCCACAAUAUCCUGCACCGCAGCACAAAUGCGAUCCCAUCGAGUGUGAUAAUUGUUUUUGUGCAAAUACUAAUUUAAGUAAUUAUUGUGAAUGUUUGAAUGCCAUUGAUGAACUGCAGCGAGUAUUGGCUAAAACGCAACGAGCGAAGGAUCCUAUACUUUAUGAGAUUAAGGAA